GGAUCAUUGAUCAUGACGCGAAGUAUUCAAGGCGUCAUUGUACUCGGAGCAUCUGGCGAUGUUGGUCGGGAAGUUGUGAACGCAUUGCUGCGAGACCAUUUUCGCGUCACCGUUGGGGUUAGAGAUGGAUCAAGCCGAAGCACCAGUCUGCCCGCCAGUGUACGCACAACCGUGAUCGACUACAAUAGCCAGGAGUCGCUGGAAAGGGCUUUCCGUGGUCACGAUGCCAUAGUGGAAACAUUCAAUCCGACUGUUGCAGUGCAUCAAGAUACGAUUGUUCAGGCUGCGAUUGCCGCGAAAGUCAUUCACUUGAUCACACCUGACUUCAGCACAGACACAUUCAAUGAGAAUGCGGACGAACUGAUGAUUUUUGAACCAAAAUUGAACGCACAGCGCGUGCUUGAGGUCUAUGCCGCCACUGGUGCGAUUCAAUGGACUGCGGUCAUUACAGGACCUUUCUUUGACUGGGGAAUACUGAAAAAGGUCUUCUGGGUUGACAAAGAUACAAAAGAGGUCAUCAUAUUUGGAAGCGGUGAUCAAAAAGUAAGCAUGUCUGCGAUUGAUAUGAGCGGAAGAGCUGUCGUGGCCAUCCUCCGUGAGCCUCAGAAAUUUUCCAAUCGGGCAGCAUACUUUGCAGACUAUACCGUAAGCAACAAUGAGCUGUUGGCCCUAUUACGGGAUAUCGACCCUAAAGGAGAAUGGAAAAGCAAGAAUAUCCCGAUAUCAUCAUUUUUCUCUCAGGCUAAGCAAUUAUGGGAGCAAGAUACAAAGGCUGGAGUUAAGGAUCGCCUCAAUUCAACCGCUUAUCAAAUGCUAGGAACUUACGGUCUGUUUGAGGAGGGUUAG